GCCUCAACUUCCUUCCUUCACCUCUGCCUCCCUGAUCAAAUGCAUAAUGAACCGAUGGCACGAGUCCGGAUGCCGACGACCAGACGUCAGUGCCGCUAGCGGCAUAAUAUGCUGUAACUACUGCUUCGCUGUCCCCACAUUUGAAGAAAGUCCGACGCUGCCUACUUCUUCUCCACUGGAAAGUUACAGUUACGAUCUAGCCUGGCCAUCAGUCGUUAGCCAGAAGGGCCAAAUACCCGAGGGAAGUUCGAAGCAAGGCCAGACUGAGCACCAAAAUGGUUCGCCAAGCUCGGACUUACGAGGACUGGGGUUCCCAAAGAUCACGUCUAAAGACGGUAUACGCCUAAUACGGCUGAAGGCUGGCACUUUUGACAGUCCUCUGCAUGCCGAGCUGGAAGUUGUGCGCAUUAAUCAUUCUCCAGUGCCGUUAUAUGAGGCUUUAUCGUACACGUCUGUCAACGAAACGGGGGACAGAGACGAGUUUCGUCCGGUGUUUGUGGGCACCUACUGGGACGUUGUCUACGUGCCGUACACUUGCGAGCAAGCGCUGCGAUCCAUUCGGGAUGAGGCGGUGGACCGACUACUCUGGGUGGACUCAUUAUGUAUCAACCCAGCAGACCUGCAAGAGAAGAGCCAGCAAGUCUCUUUGAUAAGCCAUAUUUAUCAAAGAGCGACCAGCGUCAUAGCCUAUUUAGGGGAUGAAACAGCAGACAGUGCCGAAGCCAUGGGUUUUCUCAAGAGCACUGCAAUGGCUGGACCAGGCGUGACAGUUGGUCAAAUGCAUAUUGACAAGGAUCUUCAAAGCGCCUUGAAAAGCCUUCUAAACCGGCCAUAUUUUUUCAGGAUAUGGGCCGUUCAAGAAGUCCUGUUAGCUCGGGAGUUUGAAGUAGUCUGUGGCAGGCAAUUUGCGCCAUGGCCCAAGAUGCCUUUUACACAAGCCUCUCCAGACCUUUCUAUACCAAACUGGCUGUUCCGAGAUCAGAAGUGGUAUGGGCUUACUGAUCGAGACCUUUCAGGGAUACUAAUCCAGGCAUUACCAUACAAGUGCCUCGACCCGCGUGACAAAAUCUUUGCCGUACUUGGCUUGAUAGCGGAAAGUGGACUCGUCCCUGACUAUACGGUUCCUAUUGAGAGGGUAUAUACUGGACUCACUGAAUACCUUGUCAAAUACUGUGACGCCAUGGACGUGCUCAGGUUAGCUGGGCGGAAGAAGUUGUUCGACCUUCCAUCCUGGGUUCCGGACUGGUCUCAAGCAUGCACCCCGGAUAUACUCACACAAUCCGAAGAUUUGCUCGAUGAGGAAGAUAAUGUGCUACCGGGUUUAAUGCAUGUGCUCUUUACUGGCUUACUUGACCAUGAAUGUGAUGUUCAUAAGAGCACGAAUACGUCAGUCCUGCGGACACGGGCCAUCAGACUCUGCAAUAUCCAGGGAACAGUCCAGCGAUUCAAGCGCUAUGCGCAUGUCAGUUCAUUACUUGAACAAAGAACAAACCUGAUAAUCACUGUUCCGGAUCCGGAAUACCAGCCUGAGGAGGACGGAUUGUUUAUCCUGGGUGGGUGUGGCAGUCCCAUCAUUCUCAGAAACAAUCCUGUCUCGGGGGGGUAUACUCUUGUAACGGCAUGCACUCUCUCGCUCGGGGCGCCUCCUACUCGGAGUCUGUUAGUGCCAUGGCCUAAUUCGAAUGAUAUACAUCAUACCGUCUCGCCGCUCUCCCUGGAAGAGAAUAAUUUGAUCCAGGAGUUUCACCUAAUCCUACAACAAGCUAUCCAGGAAGCUUCGGCCGAUCACACACCCCCUGUCUUCUCGACCAUUCGGGACCGGGUCCUGAGCUUCUCAAUGAUAUCGCUAUCACCUCUAGUAUUGCAUGAAGCUAAACUAAGAGAAACAUGGAACACACUGAGCCGCGAACUCGGCUGGAUGUUUCGCGAUCAGGAAGCCAUCUGGCAACUUCUCCAAGAAGUCAAUAGAUUGGAUGCCACCGACCGACAAGGCGAAUCCAUUAUGAGAAGAUAUGGAAACUUACUCAUAAAAUACUGCGGCAGAGAUUUCCCAUCCACAUAUACAUGGGAUCUACGUCAAUUCUGCUGGUCAUUUCUGCAUCGCAUCAACCCCGAACACACACCACCCUCGCCCCAUUGGUCUCCUAUUCUCAAUCAGAUACUGGCGCAUCUCCCAGAUAUCCUAAAAUGGGCACAGACAACAGAGCAGUUAUUGAGGAUGUUCGAAUACACUGACUCUGUGUUUAGGGGAUGCUGGACAUCGUUUCCGGGUAGCCAACUGGCUGGGAGGUGGACCACUCAUUACAACAACUUCUGCGAUGCUGUGAGGAUGGGUUCGCCGCAAAAUGGAUUGGAUCAGAGACCAUCCCUUGAUGAAUCCUGCCACUGGGACGUUCAAGAAUUCGAGACCCACCUCCGAAUGAGAGAGCGGCUAUGGGGACUUACUCUGCCACCGGAGCUCAAUGGCAAAGUCGCAAAUAGUUUUAUGAUGCAUGCGUGGUUCCGCUCUUUGGGGUUGGAGUUGUACGAUGAGGAGAUGGUUGAGAUAUGGUGAUUAUCACUCUUAUUUGAUUUUCCAUUCUACAUACUUCACAGAGAAUGCAUUCAGUGAAAUCAUCUACAUAAUAUCCCAUAAUUAUCAUCUCCCCAACCCAAUCACCUUUUACAACCAAAUAAUAAAAACCAAACC